AUUUACUUUUGGAAUAAAUAGUGUCGCGUCGAGAUUCAACUCCUCUUUAUCUUUCCUCCAUACCCCCACCAUUCCCCCCUCUCCUACUCACUGUCCACGACAAUGGCUACUCAGACUGAGGCUCCGGUCCAAGCCGCUCCCGAAAUCACCAUUCUCCAGCGUGUAGUGUCGAUCCCGCUCAUUGCUUCUUCCAUAGGAGCGGUCGACUCGACGCUCUCCUCGAACGCAUAUAUCCGCUCGCCCUACGCACACGCAAAGGAUAUAUCCAAGACUGCCCUUAGCUACACUGAGCCCAUCCAGAAACGUCUUGCGCCGAUCCUGGUGCGGGCAGACGAGUACGCGAACAAGGGUUUGGACGUAGUCGAAUCACGAUACCCCUAUCCCUUCAAGACGCCCACGGAAGAUAUCAUAAAUGACCUCAAGGGCCGCAGUGAUUCUGCUAAAAAUGUCGCAAACAAGACUAUCGACGAAAGGGUCAAGAGCCCGGCUUACAAUGUCGCACAGGGCAUCGAUCAGAAAUUUGCCCCUAUUGUGGAUUACUUUGAGGUGGCCGUGAACAAGGUUCACUCCGCUUCCGGGACUCCUACCGAGCAUCCCGCUGGGGAAGCCCCAAAGUUCCAGUAUCAACGCGCCGUUGCACUCUCUAAGGACCUAUCCGCGGACUUGCUCAAUUACUCGACUGAGCAGAUCAACCAGAUCAAGGCUCAGAGUGUCCUCGUUCAACGCGCAGCGGAUGCUGCCCAGAAGGUCAGCGAGAUUGCAUCGACUAGUUAUGGUGCUGCUCAGGAGAGGGUGCACGCCCUUAGCGACGUCAUGCUUCAGGAGCUGCAGAGGGUCCAGGCAUCCACCGCGAAACUCCCUGCCGCAGUCCAAUCAUCGUUUCGUGACCUUUCCGCUAGUCUGGCCAAUACCAUUGGGGAACUCUCUGCCAUCCUUACGUCUUCCGACCCGAUUCCGGACAAAGUCCACCGUGUACGUGACACCGUCCAAGGUCGCGUCGAGCCCGUCCUCGAGGCCUCCGCCGUCCGCGUUCAGGAAAUACUCAACGUUCUUCUUGGUAAGGCCUCUGAGAAGUCUGAUCAGGUUCAGGACGCAGCGGCGAAUGGUGCGGCUACUAUUGCUGACAGCAAUGGUCACACGUAGGAUUUCUGGCUUCGGUUUUCGGGUCUUUUGCAUGAUGUUGUUCACGACUCCGGUAGAUUCUAGACGCUCUCUCCUCACUCUUUCGUUAUCUGUAUACUGGCCCUUUCUCUCGAUCUCCUUUAUGCAGCCACUCAUGGCAAUACCCGCUCCGGCGAAGCCCUCCUCUCUCGGAUUUCUUCCUUCUUAUCGUGUAUUCAAGUUCGGAUUAGAUACUCUCGUUUCCACCGUAUCUUUUAGCUUUUCCGUCGCAAGUUUCAUGUAUAGAAUUCGUGUUACAUAACGCCUUGCAUAAUGCAGUAAAAUCCGAUUGUGUAGUUUCGCUCAGACUUUGCAGUCAUUUGAGUGCGUA